AUGGUUACAGAAGAACAUGGCGAGCCCUCGCAGCCUCUGACAGAGCUUCCUUUUGCGCCGCUCACAAAGUCUCAUAUUAUUCAUUGCUCAUAUCACAACUGGUACCCCAAGUACCGUGCACUGUCGCCCAAGGCUCGUCUCAUCCCUCUGACCCGCCCCUUCCUCGACUACCUUCGCGCAGACGGCAUUGUGAUCCCUCCGGACGAGGACGACCCGAGACGUGACUGGUCAGACAGCGACUCUGGCAUUUUCUCGGCUUCUGACACCGCUGGAGAAGAGGAUGACGAUGAAGAGGAGGACCCUUCUGCCGAGUGGCGCAACAUACACCGCGCCAUCAAGAACACCAUUGCCGAACUUGGUGGUAAGGUCGUCCCCAAGCUGAACUGGUCCGCUCCCAAGGAUGCUACCUGGAUCGCUGCUACCAACAGUAUGGAGUGCAGGCUUCCUAGCGACAUCUACUUGCUCCUUAAGAGCUCCGACUUUGUUACCCACGAUCUAGAACAUGCCUUUGACGACUGUCUACAAGACGAUCCAUCUUCCAAAGACAUGCCUCAAACCACAAACGACAUCCCCUACCACCUGGUCCUGCGUAAAUUCUUCCAGAUGAACCCUUCUGUCGAGUUCAGGUGUUUUGUCAGGAAUCGCAAACUCAUCGCUCUGUGCCAACGAGAUCUCAACCAUUUCGAUUUCCUCUUCCGCAUGCAAGACAAGCUACGCCAUGUCAUUCACAACUUCUUCGAUGAUAGACUCAAGCACACUUUCCCAGACGCUGAUUUUGUCUUUGAUGUAUACGUCCCUCCGCCACAUGAUCGCGUUUGGUUGAUCGAUGUCAAUCCUUGGGCAGUCAGGACAGAUCCCUUGUUGUUCAGCUGGCUGGAGCUCUUGACACUACCCGAACCACCAGAGGAAAAGGUCAUCCGUAUUCCAAUCAGGCCUGCUGGUGCUGGUGUAGAGGCUCAGGAGGACUCCGAGUCUCAAGGUAUCAAUACAAAAGAAGGUGAAGUCACGGAAGGAAGGACGGACAUGGAGGACAGUGACGAAGAGGAGGCUGAUGAGGAGAUCUGGGUGCCAGAGUUCCGCCUGAUCAGAAAGGACGACCCUGAAGCCUACAGCUUCAACACACCACAGUACAGCGCCCACAAACUACCACGAGAUGUUGUCGACGCAAGUCAAGGCGGUGCUGGUGCAUUGAGAGAAUUCGCAGACAACUGGAAAGAAAUGUUGGCGAAACAGCAACAGGAAGAUGCCGAGUAUGAGAGCAGCGAGGGAGAUUGA